UGCUUACAAGCUUCUAGUUGAGAUACGCCCAGCUAUCAGCACUGGCAUUGUGUUCACAAUGUGAAUGAACUAUGGAAGGAAUAACAACGUUCGCUCUCCUGACUGCAUUACUUUUUACUCGGAUUCAGAGUAAUGCUGACUGUGUGGACGACAUAACAGUAAACUGUUAUAUGAUGGAUGCAUUGUUUCGCGUGUGCAACGGAAGUAAGGAACAUGCUGCUCUGGUCUGUCCAAAGACCUGUAAUCUCUGUAAUUAUGUGAACGGGAAAUGGUUGGAUUGGGGAAAAAUGGUCAGCAUGUACCGGCACCUGUGGAAUCACUGCCCAAACGCGAACCAGAAUGUGUGCAAAGCCUUUUCUAUCCAAAAAUCGCAACGAUUGCGAAGGCUCAUCCGAAGAAUAUAAGUCGUGUAUGCUUGAACCAUGCCCCGUUCCUGUGGGCUGGGGAACGUGGGGUGAAUGGGGAUCGUGCUCGUCCACUUGUGGUGUAGGAAUACAAAACCGAAACAGGAGCUGCGUUGAGCCUCUUUCGAGCAGUGACGAUGAUUUCUGCAAUGGCGAAACGACAGACUAUCAACUAUGUAUGCCGCGUGCAUGUACAGAUGGCGGGUGGGCAUCUUGGGGUUCUUGGAGCUCGUGCACAGCCACGUGUGGCGGCGGGACCAGCAAACGUUACCGAGAGUGUACCAACCCAACACCCUCCCCUUAUGGACAGCAGUGUUAUGGACCCAACGUUGACUUCGACGUUUGCAGCAUCUUUCCGUGUGAAUCACAAGGUGCAGUUGCGUUCUAUGCAGUGCUUGCCAAUAAAGCUUUGAACCUGCGAAAGGGUCAGACGGUUGUAUUCGAUCGUGUGUUGACCAAUAUCGCUUCAACACAAUCUGGAGGAAGUUACAAUGCCACAACUGGUGUAUUCACGGCUCCAUUGAGCGGUGUCUACGUGUUCUCGUGCUCAAUAAUGGCAUAUGACACAAGCUUUACACACGUCGCCUUGCACAAAAACAACAUCCCGCUUUCAACGAUGUACGUAAACGGGAGGAGCGGCCAUAAUUUCGACUCUGCAGCGUCAACCGUCACCGUUUCUCUCACCAAAGGAGAUCGUGUGUACGCGAAACACAUUGACAAUGACCAGGGCUUGGAAGGAAUCUAUUAUGCUGGACAGUCUACCUUCACUGGAUUUCUUGUGCAAAGACAGCACGACGACGCUCCAGUGGUUGGAUUAAAAUAAAACAACAACAUGUUCUUCCAAAUAUAAAUUCAAUAAUAAUAGUAUAACUAUCUAGGCUGUUGUAAUAUAUUGUAAUUGUACCUGUGCAAAGCUAAUGUUUAACGGAGCAAUCGCUCUAAAUGUUUUCUCAGUUAUUAUCAUAUUAAACGUUCUUUAUUUUAUUUGUUUUGACAGUAUGUAAUAAUAGCAUACGUCUCGUCAUUAAACGUGCUUUAUUAUAGUUA